CUUACCGCUGAGGAAGCACUGUGCCAAGCCCGCAUACACGAGGACGCAGAAAAAGAGCGGUUAUCACGCGCUAGAUUGACUAUGGAUAACGCUCUUGCCGAAACGCUAAACAUUGACUCGGCUCGGCGAAACGAUACGCCCACCCCUUCGCCACGUUUUCGCGACCAGGCUGAGCAACCGGCUAGGUUAUCGUGUGGCUUUUGUGGACGACAGCGUCACUCUCGAAAAGACUGCCCAGCCAGAAAAUCAGUUUGCCACUACUGUAGAAAGCUAGGCCAUUUUGCCGAAGUGUGCAUGAAGAAGAAUAGAAAUGAGCUACUGGAUUCCGUCGAACUUCACAACGUGGAUUCACGACGUGCAAGGUACAUAGACAUACUAGUGAACGGGCACCCGGCCGAGUUUAAGAUAGAUUCUGGCGCGGAAGUCUCUGUUGUCUCGCCGUCUUUUCCAGGCCGACCGCGGGUGCUGGAUGAUGUUGAAGGGGAAGUCUUGGGCCCUGGCGAACAGAGUCUGCACGUUCUUGGUACCUUUAAAGCAACCUUACAGUGGGGUGAUAAGUCCACAGUGCAGACCUUGUACGUGGUUGAACGUCAGCGCACUCACCUGCUUGGGCUCCCUGCAAUUGAAGCCCUUGGUGUUGUUCACUUCCUGGAUUCUGCCGAGUGCGUUCAUUCCCCCACAGCCAAGAUUUUCCAAGGGUUGGGAAAAUUUCGGCAAGCCGAAUAUAGCAUUCGCAUUAAACCCGGCGCUCGUCCAUUUUCCUUGAGCGCCCCAAGGAGGAUUCCAAUUCCUUUAUACGACGUUGUCAAGAAAGAGCUGGACGACCUGGAGUCGCAGGACGUCAUAAGGAAGGUAGAGACGCCAACCGAGUGGUGCUUCGGGCUUGUAGUCGUGCCCAAAUCAUCGGGCGGCUACAGAAUCUGCGUCGAUCUGACGAAGCUGAACGAAGUCAUCGAAAGGGAGCGCUUUAUCUUGCCGACGGUGGAACAGAUCCUCGGCCAGUUGGGUGGAGCGCGAGUAUUCUCCAAGUUGGAUGCGCGGUCUAGUUUCCAUCAGGUGAAGCUGAGAGCCGACAGCCAGGAACUCACGACAUUUAUAACGCCGUUCGGCCGCUACUGUUACAAGAGACUCCCUUUUGGUAUUGCCACGGCACCAGAGUAUUUCCAGCAGUUAAUGUCGAGGGUUCUUGAGCGCUUGCCUGGGGUCGUGAACCUGAUUGAUGACAUUCUAAUCUUUGGGAAAGACCGUCAAGAGCACGACGACCGCCUGUCUGCAGUCCUUGCUCGCCUUGAGGAGGAGGGUGUCACCCUUAACGAAAAGAAGUGUGCGUUUCGGGUCAGCUCGGUCAAGUUCCUUGGAGUAGUGAUUGGGGCAGACGGGAUCUCGCCAGACCCGGACAAGGUGAAGGCUGUCAGGGAUCUGCCGCCACCGACCGACGUCAGCGGAGUACGACGAUUACUGGGAAUGACCAAUCACGUCGCACAGUUUAUACCUCACCUAUCCGACGUUACGGAGCCCAUUCGUUCCCGCCUAAACAAGAACAGCACCUGGACUUGGGGUCCCAGUCAAGAAAAAGCCUUCUCACGCCUCAAGUUGCUAUUGAGCUCCGACACGUGUAUGGCAAAAUACGAUCCUUGCUACCACACUGUAGUAUCCGCGGAUGCCAGCUCCUACGGUCUGGGAGCUGUGCUGCUACAGGACCAGCCUGAAGGCCGCGAUUACGCCCUGAUUGUUGAUUAUUAUUCCAGGUUUCCCGAAGUAGCCUCCGUGGGGUCCACCACGGCACCAGCCGUUAUCUCGGCGAUCAAGAGCUGCAUUGCCCGUUUUGGCAUACCGGACAUCGUCCGGACCGACAACGGACCACAGUUUGUGUCCAACGAGUUCGCCGAGUUUGCGCGGUCAUACGGCUUCCGUCACGAGACCAGCAGCCCGAGGUACCCCCAGAGCAAUGGAGAGGCAGAGCGCAUGGUGCGCACAAUAAAAGACUUGCUCUUCAAAGGUCCUGAUCCCUACCUUGCCUUACUGUCGUACCGCGACACGCCUGGUCCCAACGACCCCCCAGAGGCGUCCUUCAGCGUAAUCGUCGACACCUGGUACUUCAUUCAUCGGAAGCGACCCCAGCUCAACUGGCAGCUUCUCCGCCUGUCAAUCCCGAGAUCAUGCAGCCUGCAGCACCUCGGGAAGAUCCAACACAGACGGAAGUGA